UCACAGGAGCUGCUGUUUGAAGGAAGGCAGAUUUGCUUGAAACAAGUGAUAUCGUUCUGAGAAGUGAAUAACAGUUUUAAGAAGUUUAAGACAAACGAGUUCCAGUCACAGCUCGUGGUCAACGCAGACGGAUAAAACAAGGAACAGCAACGAGUUCUGCACUAGACGAACCAAUUCGACACUCCGGAGCAAUUUCGCGCUGAAAACCAAGUGUUGGAAAGUGAAAGGCAACUUUGCAAAAGCCAAAAGUUUCAAACCAGAACAUUUUUGCGGUGAACAGUGAUCCCAACGGAAAGUUGCUAGAACAGUCAAGUUCUGCAAAUUUUGGAGGAAAGUUUCGAGGAGAAUAUCUGUAGACACAUACCUGCUAACAAUGGCUGUCGCUGCCGCUCAGAAGAACCGUGAAAUGUUCGCCAUCAAGAAAUCCUACAGCAUCGAGAAUGGAUAUCCAUCUCGGCGCCGUUCCCUAGUCGAUGACGCGCGAUUUGAAACAAUCGUAGUCAAGCAAACCAAGCAAACGGUUUUGGACGAGGCCCGCACUAAGGCCAACGAAGAUCCCAGCUUGGAAGACACCACCCAAGAAACCCAGCUACAAGCUGGUGAAGUUCCAUACCAAAUGGAAGAAAAUCAAGCCACAUCUCAGGAUGAAGUAGAUGACGCUGGCCUAACGGAGGAGGAAGUCGUUCUGCAGAACGCCGCUUCCGAAUCGCCCGAGGCCGAAAAGGAGGUGGUCCGUGCCGCCGUCGUAGUGCACCUGCGCGACGGCAUGGGCUCCCUGGGACGUAUCCUGAAGGCAAUCGAAACGUUCCACGGAACCGUCGUGCACCUGGAGUCGCGUCAAUCGCGCAGCGAAGGUGUGAUGUUUGAUGUGCUAAUUAAGGUCGACAUGGCCCGCUCCAAUCUGCUGCAGUUGAUCCGCUCGCUGCGCCAGACCUCGUCCUUCGGGAGCGUAAGCCUGCUGGCCGAGAACAAUGUCAGCGUGAAGGCCCCGUGGUUCCCGAGCCACGCCUCGGAACUGGACAACUGCAACCACCUGAUGACCAAGUACGAACCGGAUCUGGACAUGAACCAUCCCGGUUUCGCUGAUCAGGUCUACCGUGCCCGCAGGAAGGAAAUCGCCGAAAUCGCCUUUGCCUACAAGUACGGAGACCCAAUCCCGCACAUCAACUACACCGAAACCGAGAACAAGACUUGGUCGGCGGUGUUCAACCGCGUCAAGGAACUGAUGACCAAGCACGCCUGCUCCGAGUACGUUGGCGUGUUCAAGAAGCUGGAGGACGAAAAAAUCUUCGUCAAGGAGCGCCUACCCCAGCUGCAGGAAAUGAGCGACUUCCUGCGCAAGAACACCGGCUUCACGCUCCGCCCUGCUGCCGGUCUGCUAACCGCUCGGGACUUCCUGGCUUCGCUGGCGUUCCGCAUCUUCCAAAGCACGCAGUACGUCCGACACAUCAACUCGCCCUACCACACACCCGAACCCGAUUGCAUCCACGAACUGCUGGGCCACAUGCCACUGCUCGCCGAUCCAAGUUUCGCCCAGUUCUCCCAGGAGAUCGGUCUUGCCUCGCUGGGUGCGUCGGAUGAGGAAAUCGAAAAACUGUCAACGGUCUACUGGUUCACUGUUGAAUUCGGGCUCUGCAAGGAGAACGACGAAGUCAAGGCCUACGGUGCCGGUUUGCUGUCGGCCUACGGUGAGCUGCUGCAUGCCAUCAGUGACAAGCCAGAACACCGCCCAUUCGACCCGGCCAGCACUGCCGUUCAGCCCUAUCAGGACCAGGAGUACCAGCCAAUUUACUACGUCGCGGAAAGCUUCGAGGAUGCCAAGGAAAAAUUCCGCCGCUGGGUCUCGACCAUGUCCCGGCCGUUCGAGGUCCGCUUCAACCCACACACCGAGCGCGUUGAAGUGCUCGACUCCGUCGACAAACUCGACACCCUGGUGUCACAGCUCAACACCGAAAUCCUUCAUCUGACGAAUGCAAUUGCCAAAUUGCGACAACCGUUCUGCUAAGGAGCUGCACAAAGCAUCUGCGAAUCCUGUGUCGUCCAUUCGUUCUGAGUAUCACUAUCGGGUUGCCGGAAACUGACAGCAUUCGGAAACGCAUUGCCGCCGGUCCCGUCUACCCCAUAAUGCCUCUCGGAAACAAAGCUAACCCCAACGAAGAUCAGCAGGACUUCCCGGAUGGUUUUAUUUUAAUCAACUACACACGAUCAACAGCCAAAAACUGCAACAGGUCAACAACAACAGUAUUCUCACACCUCUCUAUGGGACCCGCCCCUGGGACGCCAGGAAACGGUCCUCAAUGCACAACCCUACGGAUCCCAAACCCAUCCCGUCCCAUGCGACGCAACAGAUCAAAACAAACCUCGAGGCAGCUUCCGUUCAUAUUUUCCGGAGAAUAUGAACGACCACACAAGCAGGAGAUCAACCGUGACCUCACCACAGGAUCACGGUAGACGAAACACUUUCAGGCCUAACUUUUGGAAUUCGAUCAAAAUUUCGCGAUCUGAGUGUUCAGCGAAAUCACAAAACUACCCUUACCAAUCCAAAGGAUCCACAUGAAAACAUCAUCCCUGAUAGACACAAUGGUCCCUGUUGCGACCUAAACCCCGCUCCCCUGCACCCCCUGCCUUUUAUUUUAUAUUUUCAUAAAAUAUCCCUAUUGUACAUCGAUCACUGUAGAGUAGAGAUACUUUGUAGGAACCUAUCUUUUAUUUAAAGAUUCGUAAUUUAAGUAUUAUUUACUAUUUAAAUUAGCGGUUAAUCUUAAAUUAUUCCAUUAUUUGAGCAAGAACGUGUUGCAGCUUCUUCUCUGAGACAACGCGGAGGGCCACUCUCGUUUCGGGCUUCUCGACUAGGGGGAAGAACCAGACCCGUCAAGACUUCCCGGAGCUACCCCAGGACCAGCGGACCCUCCCCGAUUCCAAGGCCGGCGAAAGAGUGACUGCUUUUGUGGCCCAAACGCCAUCCGGAAUCCGGGGGAGGGCUUGCUGGUCCAACCGCCUCCGAUAAAACCUUGCCGGCGACCAUCCUCGCAAAAGCGCGGUCCGGACUCGCAAAAGAGCCGUAGAGGCCCCUCCCGUAGAUUUGUAGCUGGCGGAACGUGCGCGCGAAACGUUAGAUUUUAGUUGUGAAUGAAACAUCAAAACACAUGAAGCGAACAGCAAAAGCCUGCAACCUUCCUCGACUGUCAUUAAUCUCAAAUGUGUUUGUUUUUUUUUUAUAUUAUUUUUAUACGAAGCAAAAAUUUUAUAUUUAUAUUUUUACCUAAGCACAUUCACUCACAUAAGCGAAAAAUCAUGACAAAAAAACUUGCUAUUAUACACACCCACACAUGUGCAAACAGCAAAGCUAUUAUUUUAGUAGGUGUCCAAUAAAAUUAUGUAGAACUGUAAAAA